GAUGUUCAAGGAAGGGCUUCUGAGCUUGUCGAGACACUAAAGAAGGUGAAGGGUCAAGCUAGGGUGCAAGCCCUCAAGGAGCUUCAUCAAGUUGUGGCAGCUCACGCCACUGCCAGGAAGACACUGAUUGAUAAAGGUGGGGCUACUGUAGUUUCAUCCCUGCUAGGUCCAUUUACUUCACAUGUUGUUGGUUCCGAAGUCAUUGCCAUUCUUGUCAAUUUGACCCUUGAUUCAGAAUCGAGAACGAGUUUGAUGCAACCCGCAAAAAUUUCAUUAAUGGUGGACAUUCUGAAUGAGGGGUCCAUUGAGACGAAAAUCAAUUGUACCCGGUUGAUCAAAAUGCUGAUGGAGGAGAAGGAUUUUCGAUCAGAAAUUAUUUCAAGCCAUAGCCUCUUGGUAGGACUAAUGAGGCUGGUGAAAGAUAAGAGGCAUACAGCCGGAAUCUUGCCUGGACUUAGCCUCCUCAGAACAAUAUGCUUGCAUAAGGAAGUAAGGGGUUUGAUGGUGAACAUUGGGGCUGUGCCUCAGUUAGUUGAUUGUUUGCCUUCUCUCGACCAUGAAUGCUUAGAACUAGCUCUUUUCGUCUUGGAUGCACUGUCCUCUCUACCGGAGGGAAUAUCAGCUUUGAAGGAUUGUUCAAACACCAUUCCGAAUAUGGUGAGGCUUCUUAUGAGAAUUUCAGAAAGUUGUACUCAAUAUGCACUGUCAAUUUUAUGGUCUGUAUGCAAACAUGCCCCUGAAGAAUGCUCAUCAAUUGCUCUGGAUGCUGGUCUAGCGGCAAAGCUCCUCCUUGUGAUACAGAGUGGUUGCGGUCCUGUCCUGAAGCAGCAGUCUGCAGAGCUCUUGAAGCUUUGUAGUCUAAACUAUACUGAUACAAUAUUCAUUUCCAAGUGCAAACUCACAAGGACAAUCCAAUGACAGGGAAAUUUUACUUGGAUAUGUAUAUGACCUUUUUGAUUCUGAUAUGAGGCCCUGAACAGAAUGCCAAAUCGGGGGUGUGAGGUACGAAUCAGCUCACCUGUAUAUACUUGAAAAGUAUGUUUGUUCCAACAAUUGAUUCAACAUUCAUGAAGAAGUCUCACAAUGUGGACAUCACACACCAUGCUGGUUCUAAUGCAAUCAUGCAAUUUGCUCAACUGGCGUCAAUGGUUGUCGAAUAAACCCCAGAAGAAAGAAGAAAGUGUAGUUAGUUGUUGGAUAAAGAUACUUGUUAGGAGGA